AUGAGUAGUAGCAGUUACUACGACGACUAUCUAGACGACUAUGAUCUGGAUAACUUUGAUGUAGAUGACUACCUCGAUGACUACUACAGCAGCGCAGACUCCUAUUAUCCAACGAACACCUACGACCUGUCGGACUAUUACACCACUACUGGGGGGAGCUACCCUACGUCGACCUCAAGUAGUUAUGAUGACUACCUAGAUGACGACGACGAGGAUGAUUCCAGUUCUUCGGGCUCUAGCUCUGGAUCUAGCUCUGGCUCUAGUUCUGGCUCUGACUCUAGCUCUGACUCGAGCUCUGACUCGAGCUCUGGCUCCUCAGGUUCCGGCUCUUCAAACUUCUCGUCGGACGACUUUGACUUGGACGAUCUCCCCACCAACGGAGACCCUUCCCUUGGUGGCUCUGGUCCUGGAGGCUCUGGAGGCGGCCUGCCUAGCAGCUAUGGUGCCUAUGGCGCCUAUGGUGGCUCCGAUUUGUCCAACCAGCAGACCUCCAAGUCCUGCGUCUCUGAGAUUGCCUUUAAGGAGAACGCACCCAAGGUUGACCUUGCCUUUGACGUGAUCUUCCUUGUUCUCUUCCUUGCCCUUGCCGGCUUCGCGGGGUUCCGCUUACUCAAGAGCAAGCAAAAGGGCUCGGCCAUUGGAAAGUGGUUCCUGUUCCCGAUUUCCCUCUUCUUUGCCAUUCUGUAUAUACUCAUUGAUAUGAUCACCCUUAUCCUGUCCCAAUGCGUCAUGAUGAGAGGCGACAAAUACCAGCAAGCACUUACCGCCGUCAAGUGGUUCGAUAAUCUCUCGGUAUACCUACUCAUUGUGCUGAUCCUGCUCCCCAUUUGCUUGAAGCUGCAGGGUAGCGGGUCAUUUAAGACCAUUACGCUGUUCGGACAUGGCGCCUGGUUGGCAUUGUGCGGCAUCUUCCUUCUCGUCAGCCUCGCCUGCUUUUCUAAAAUUCAAACUACCCUGUACAAAGACUACGACCUUCCCAAGGAGGACUUUGUCAAAUCUACCAGGGGUGUCACCAUGACCUACUACGUCUUCUUGUUUCUCGCUGCUCUCCUGGCAACCGCCAAUAUGGCCCUUGCUCUGUUCCGCCGCGCCAGCAUUCGCAAGGGACUACUUCUCAUCAGCAUCCCAGCCCUCAUAUUGUCCACUCUAAUCCUAACCCUUGUCCUCAUGGGCGGUUUCGCGGACAGGGAAUACGGCAAGAAAUUACGCAAGCCAGACUACUACGAAAAGUCCGAUGACGCCCAAGUCUUCCUCAAGCGCUUCUUCUACGCCACUGCCUUCGUCAGCGCGCUUAUCAUCGCUGGCUCCCAGCUGCCAGCCGAUGACUCCUCUUCACAGGCUGCACCUGUCGCCUCCCAGCCCCAGCCCCAGCCCGUAAACCAAUAUCCGCAACCUGUCCCUCCUAUGGCCCAGCCUGUGAGCCCGUAUCAACAACCCGUGUCUCCGGUCCCAACUCCACCUCCCCAGCAGCAGUAUGCCCAGCAACAGUAUGUAGCUGUUUCUGGCCCUGUGCCGGCACAGGCACCGGGACCGGCACCAGUCCAGUACGGAGGUCCCUCGCAGCCUGCGUAA